UCUAGCUGCUUCCCUAGAAACAUGUAUAGUUGACCAUGGCGGAAGCAUUAGCACCAGCAUCUUAUAGUCAUCAUGAUUUGGAUUUAAUACCACAGUUAACCUUCAGUUUUAUUGAAAAUUAUGUGAAAGAUAACAAAACAAGUUCUGGAGAAAAAUCGAUUGAUAAAGGUUUUAAAUACUAUAGUGAGAGCUACAUCCAGGAUCUCAAAGUUUCAAAAACAGAUAAUGGGUGUCGAUUGGAUGGAAAAUGUUACAGAUCCCAAAGGAAAAAUGAAAACCCACACCAGUUAAACGUAUCCUUCAAGAAUGACGAGAAUAUAGAGAUCACAAGCUCAUGGUGUUCGUGCCCUAUUGGUUUGACAGGUGUUUGUGGUCAUGUAGUGGGAGCACUCUACACAAUUGCCAAAUACAAAAAGUUGGGGUUAGGGCUUUACCUAAAGAUGUAGCCAAAACCUCUCAGCAACAAACCCAUCAUGUACCAAGGGGACCUCAAAUAAAGGGCCAAGCAGUUCAAGACCUGCAAGUUUCUGGCUAUUCCAAACGGGUAACAGAUGAAACAGCCACAGUUCCAGACAAAUGCAAAGUAUGAUGAAAAUCCAGUAUAGAA